UGCUUGAGUUUGCAGUUGAGUGCGCCAGGGCAACACGGCUGUAUUAUAUAACUUUAAUGUAAGCUACUCACGGGUUUAAUGGCGCAAGAGCAGAAUAUCGCGCCGCAGAUCUGUGGAUUCAUUGCGGAAUUAUCCUGAACUCGAGUGCAAGUGAGCGAUUGAUCACUUUUUCCCUCCUACUGGCGACGUGCGUUAAAAGUUAUCGACAGAUCGGCGGCACGUCGCACUCGGUGGAUCCUGUCAGCUUCAGACAGGUCGGCGUCGUUGUUGACUUUAGUUAAAAAAUAGUUGCUAUUGCAGACGAUGUUUUCCUUCCGUUUGAGGAGAGGGGUGACAACGAAUCAAUUUGACAUUUCACCACGCAACAUUACAGCAAGGAAGGUGUUUUAUUCGAGUGUGUGACUCUGGGGACAUUGCGUUAUUUCUCACAAUUUUUCCAAGUUGGACUGACAGGAGAUGAGCUAACCGGCGGAACACAUCGUGCUUUCACUACAGGAUAAAGAAAUGGAUCAGGGUAGACUGAAGUGCAACGGUAAUCAAGACGACAGCCUGACAUUUGGGGAGACAGGAUCCGGAGUAGGCAGGGAAACGGGUGACACAGUUGGUUUACUGCUCCAGUCUGCAGGGCACCUGCUCGGUCCCAGGUCUAUGCCCCAUCCCACAGUGGCCGCGAAUGGACAUGGUGUAACCAAAGAUCAAGGGCAACUUGGAGGCCUCUUUGAUUCUCCUCAGCAUCACAUCCAAUGUGAGGGCUCAGACAUGAAGGAGGGUAAGAUCACCAGAAUGCAGAAACAACACCAGGAUAGCGGUGUAUUUAACAUUGAGGACAACCUGCCGUUGUUGAAACAGAAUAUUUCCAAUCUCAACAGUCCGGCCCCCUCUGUCAUCAGCACCUCAGUCUCCUCCAUCCUGGGGAAUCUCCCUCUGCCUGAUCUUUUUCCCCAACACAUCAAGCAGGAGGGACAUUUUUCUACGGAUAAAGACAUGGAAAAUUACAGCUGUAACACGGGUGUAAGGCUGUGUGAUUUAGAUGAGAAAGGCAGUUGCCUAAUGGAGGAUUCUGAAAUGUGGCAAGACCUGGACCUUCCUAAUUCUCUGCCAGAAAUUAGCGAUUUUGAGUUGGAUUCAGAAGUGGCACACUUGGAUAACAUCCUACAUGACAGCAGGGGUAGAGGCGGUCCUGUCAGCGGCUUGCUAAAAGAAACAAAGCCUCUGGUGGGUAACGGAGUAAACUGCAACAAUGUGAACGGCACGGACCAGCAGCACCAGCCCAUCCACCAUCAGCAGCAGCAGCACCACCUUCUACAGCACCAGCUCCAUCACCAGCAGCAGCCUGCACCUCUGCUCUCCAGCGUUAUGAUCAAGGAGGAGAAGGAUCCUGAUGACUCUUUCAUUCACAUCCGUACUCCUGGUGUUGUGAAACAGGAGAAGCAGGAGAAUACAGGGUUCUGCCAGUCGCAGUGUCUGCAGAGCAGCAUGAGUUCUCUACAUGGAGGAAGCUCCAUGUCUUCCCCUAUGGGCGUCGAUGCAGGAACUUCGUACCUAUACAGAGCCAACCCAUCCUCCACAGUGGGCCUACAAGACCAAGAGCCUUUUAGCAUGUACUCAAACCUGCCUCUGGUGGGGGAGACCUGGGCCAGGGGGAACCGGUUCGGAGAGUCGUCCGGGUUGCAGAGGGGUGACGACGGACUCCCCUCCGCUGCAGCCUUGGCAAGUUUUUCUGUCAACUUCUCAAGCUCUUCACCCAGAGCAGGAGAGACCGGUAAUUCUUCAGUGUCGGGCCAAUCCAAGCCCAAUGGACAGGCUCAUAAGAUCUGUUUGGUGUGUUCAGACGAGGCCUCAGGGUGCCACUACGGGGUUGUUACCUGUGGCAGCUGCAAGGUGUUCUUCAAGAGAGCCGUUGAAGGAUGGAGAGCACGACAAAACACAGAUGGCCAGCACAACUAUCUGUGUGCGGGGAGAAAUGACUGCAUCAUUGAUAAGAUACGGAGGAAGAACUGUCCAGCUUGCCGCUUCAGGAAAUGUCUUCAAGCCGGAAUGAACUUGGAAGCGAGGAAAAACAAGAAGCUGAUCAAGAUGAAGGUGCAGCGGCCUUCUGGACCCUCAGAGCCCACCAGCAACAUGCUUGUUCUGGGCAUCCCCAGACCCAUCCCUCAGCUCGUGCCCACCAUGCUGUCUGUGCUGAAGGCCAUUGAGCCAGAGAUCAUUUACUCGGGCUACGACAGCACUCUGCCGGACACCUCUACGCGGCUCAUGACCACUCUCAACAGGCUUGGGGGGCAGCAGGUCAUCUCUGCAGUCAAGUGGGCCAAGUCACUGCCAGGCUUCCGCAACCUGCACUUGGAUGACCAGAUGACAUUGCUGCAGUGCUCAUGGCUCUUCCUCAUGUCCUUCAGUCUGGGUUGGAGGUCGUACGAGCAGUGUAACGGUAGCAUGCUCUGCUUUGCCCCUGAUCUCGUCAUCAACAAAGAUCGCAUGAAGCUGCCCUUCAUGACCGACCAGUGCGAGCAGAUGCUGAAAAUCUGUAAUGAGUUUGUCAGACUGCAGGUGUCCUAUGACGAGUACCUGUGCAUGAAGGUCCUGUUACUGCUUAGCACAGUACCGAAAGACGGCCUGAAGAGCCAGGCGGUGUUUGACGAGAUCAGGAUGACGUACAUCAAGGAACUGGGGAAAGCUAUCGUCAAAAGAGAGGAGAACGCUAGUCAGAACUGGCAGCGUUUCUACCAGCUAACUAAGCUACUGGACUCAAUGCAGGAGAUGGUGGAGGGUCUUCUCCAGAUCUGUUUCUACACCUUUGUGAAUAAAACCCUCAGUGUGGAAUUCCCGGAGAUGCUGGCAGAGAUCAUCACCAACCAAAUACCAAAAUUUAAAGAUGGGAGCGUCAAGCCUCUGCUGUUUCAUCAGAAAUGACUGCCUUAAACUGUGAAGCAAUGCCUUAAAUCCUGCCCUGACCACGAACCUCUCAUGGGGCCCCAAGUUUUCGCCCCAGGCCCUAAACCUUCUCUUGUCCUGCCUCUCCCAGCACUCGGAUUUGAUUCCUCCGUUUUCCCAGGCCCCCCCCCUUUAGGAAUUCAGCCACGCCCCUCAAGGCCUCAGCCGGUCAACCUUAUAUCGGAGCACAAUCCCUCGCCUCCCAUCGCGUCACGCCUCCCCAUGUGGUCCAUGGUCGGGCCAAGCUACUGUGGGCAACCCUACCACCGACCUGAAGCCCUUCCUUUUGGCUAACCAAGAAGAAAAUGUCAUACAGGGGAAAUAUGUUGGCGUUGAAUGUCUCAUGGGCAGGAUGCAUUUUGGGAAUCUAUUUUUUAUUUCAUUUUUCCAGGCCCCUCCUCCGUCCAUGGCCCUGUCCUCAGGUUUUUAAUGCAGUUUCUUUAGGUGGCCGCCCGCCUCUUACCUUCUCCUGCCUCCAGUUGUGUAUUGUUGUUUUUAAUGACAAGCCAAUACCUAGAAAGUCCUUUUCCGCCCUCAACACGACACCUCAUAUUGUGUCCAACUUGUUAGAUUAGCAGCGUAUUGAAGUACGAGUUCAAGCUUACAGUUCCUCUGCUCACCUGCCCAUAUGUCUCUGUUUGCCCCCCCCCCCCCCCCCCCCCAGCUCCACUGUACAGAGAAUGUCGUACGUGUUCACGAAGCAUACUCUAACAUGAGAACAUCUCUUCUUCUGGACUAAAGGACAUUAAGGACAAACUGUUUUCAGCUGUUUUCAUCAUUACUGAAAUGAUUUGAAUCAGAUUUAUAUACCUGACCAAUGAAAGAAAAUAACUGGAAUAUUAUUAUAUAUAAUAUUCGUUUAUUUUAUGCAGACACGCAUUUCUUACCACAAAUGCAGGCCAUGCUUACAAAUGCACAACAUACAACAGUAUUUGCAGACACACAUUCACUUAGCAAAAUGUUUACACAGGAUGUAUCUGAGAAGGGAAAAUCAGUGCCUUUUAGCUUUUAAAGCUCUUCAUAGCCAUCCUCUAUAAACCACGUUUUUUCUUUUUGCAUUACUAUCUACCUUGAGAAAUGUCCACAUAUUAUUUCUGUUUUCGUUUUUCCACGUUGCAAUUUCUGUUUCCUUUCCAAGCAGCUGUUUUCUGUGUUUUUAGUAUGGGCAGCUCUCAUUGUUUUGAUCCUCAGAUUUACCCCCCCCCCCCCCCCCCCCCCCCCCCCCGAUGUGGGCUCCUUUAGGAAGACAGCCUUAAAGUUAAGUUAAAAAUACUCAGAGCAGUACGAAAUAUAAAGAUUUUAUAUUUUAAUGUCAUAAGAAAGUUUAAGAAUCACAGAAAAUAGACAGGGAAACUCAAAACAAUAUUUAAGUCCCAAAACACAUUAUGUGUGUCUCUUUUUCCCAUGUAAAGUAUAUUUGAUUAAUAUACUGCAUCUCCCAAUCAGUUACUUAAAGUUCCAGUAAACAGAAUAUGUCAACAGAUAUAAUGUUAGAUACAAUCCAAGUUCUUUAACAAGGUUGUAACGAUCUUCAACCCCAUCGGUGCUAAAUGGACACCACUGGAAUUAAACUAGGCAUAUCUGAUGUUUUAUAAUAUUUAGGGUUCAUUUAAAUCAAAUUUGUUUACAAACCUUUGCAAUUUAUUCAGAUGCAAUCACACAGGUGGGGUUUUAAAAACGAAAUUGCCUGGAAAAGAACACUCAAGGCGUCUAUGUGUUAGUAAAUAGCCAUCAUGAUUCAAGCGAGCCUGAUUUAAAGUAAAAUUGUCCUUUCUUUUCCGGCUGCAUAUACUUACUUUCUCGUUUAGUAAAUGGUUUCAUACAACUCUACUUUUAAAUGUGGUUUUAUUGACUUACCUGGUCAGACUGCCUGUUCCCACUACCAGUAAUCACAGGAAGGUCAAAAAGGAAAGAGUUCAAUGUGUGUUUUAUAAAAUGAUUACUAGACUGGUUGGGUUUUCAAAAUAAGGUGCCAUGAAAACAGUAAGUACUACACCGUGCUCAAACCUCAGAAGUACUGAGAAGUGACAUCAAUUACUUUAUCAUAUAUUAAUUCAGGUAAACAAAAAGCAUAUUAUUGUUGACAAAAGUACUGCAUCUCACUCUAAAUAGCAUUUUAGAUUAAAUAUAACCUUCAAUCAGAUUCAUCUCAAAUAGUUUGCACAAACAGGAAGUGGGUUUAUUAUAAAGUAGUUUAACUCAACACGAUUAAAAGAUAAUUCAAUUCCAUACAUAAUUACAUAUUUUUUGUAUAUGAGAUAUAGACAAAUAAUAUAUAAAUAGAGACACCCAUAAUGUAUGGAACCUCUGUUCCCAGCACAGGAUUUCACCUCUAAAAUUGAGAUAUCUUUUGGAAGAAGAUGCAGUUUGAUCCAAAUAAAGUGAAUCAAAGCUCAGGCUGAGUGACUACAUCACUUGGAUGUGUUCCACUAGUGCCAAAUGUUGUAUCACAUUUUGAUAUGUAUUUUCUGGAGAUGUGUAGGGGUGAUUAAUCAGUUGGGGAGACAACAACACUUGUUUUUUUUUUACCUUUGCUUCAGGGCGCUCAGAUGUUCAGUGUCACACCUACACCAGCUUAAACGUACUGAUUGUUAUCGUCCAAGUUAAGUAUAUGAUGGACUUUUUUUGGAGAUGCACAAUAUAUUGUAUUUUUGAAAUUGCAAGGUCAACUGUAAUAUCUUCUAUUGUUAAACGGGUGGUGGUCAGCAUUUGUACAUUUGUAAUGUGAAAACAUGUUCAUACCAGCUUAUGUGAUGGCCAAAGCAAAACACACAGUGCAGUUGUUCAUUGGCUUCGGCUAAAAGCUCAAACACAAUCCCCCCCCCCUUCAUCUAUUUUCCUCAAUGUUUUCCUGCCUAAAAUGUCGACCGUAUAGAUUUUCAGCUGUUCACUCUGCAUGGUAUUCAUCCCUCUGUUGCACAUAACUCCGAAUGGCAGUUAACAGACCAGGUACCACGUUGCCAUAGAGACCGGUCAUUUGUGUGUUACUUACAGCUACAGUAACAGCACAGCAGACUCUGGACGCAUACAAGCCACUAGUCAAGAAAAGCCAUCACGUUUUGAAUCAGCCAUUCUGCCAGAGGAUGGUUACUCACAGCAGGGUUGUUUUGUGUACAGUGCAGGCUUUCAGCUUUACUCGUAAACUCUCGUGGCCUUUUGCUGUGAAGAACACGGGCUUGUGCCGCUCACGUUAAUGUGGAUUAUUCCGGGGAGGAUUUGAUUAAACUGUCUUUUUGGUGACUUGUGCAUACAGUAUUAGAGAUGUUUCCAGGUGGGUGCUUCAGAAAAACCAGCUUUAACAUGUAGACCUAACCACAUCCCUGCUCAUCUCUAAAUGGCCAUAGGUGUAUAUAGCAGCGCCGACAUAUCCAGUGCAAUGUAAACAGUGUCUAUUAUUACAACAUAUUUUUACAAGGACAUUACUUCUAUACUCCUAUACAUUUUUAUUUGACCUUUCAACUACAUGUAAAGGCCUUGCGCAAGGGAGACAGAGAGCCAUAGAAAUAUAAUUUCAAAUCAGGAAAUAGAUAAACCUCAAAACAAAUAUCAAUGCUUUGGGAGAUUGAUCUGGUGUAAAAAAAAAAGACUAUUUUCUGCGAUUUUUAAUAGAUCAACCUGAUCCUCUUUGAUAGGAAUAAUUUUACCCAAUCCUUUUUGUACAUUGAACAAAUUGAGAAAGUAAAUAUUUUUCUGUUUGUUGGUUGGUGUUUGAUAAAGGUAGACGUGUUAAAUACAUUAGGAAGUGUUAAACAUGUUUGUCUUGUGAAGUAAAUGUAAAUUCUACGAGUCAAUGGGAAAGUCUAUGAAUGCUCACUGUGUUUUAAAGUUAUAAGGAAACAAGGUAGAGGGAGGGAGGGAGGGUGAGGCAGACGGGAGGAGGUUUUUGCGUAUAAGAGUGACCAAAGCAGAGGAGAGAAAAAAAAAAGAUUUAUCAAACAAGAAGUAUUCAAGCAGUUACAUUUUAAGUAGCACUUAUUAUUGAACUUCUAGUACUUCUUAUUUUAUUUCGAAGAUAUCUUUUGUAAAGGUCCAGACUUUAGAUCCCAUGUAUAUUGCUGUCAGGAUUUACUGGUCACUUUAAAAUAGAAAAAUGAGACAAAAAAAAAGUUUAAUCUCCGUGUGAAAGUAAAUCUACCAGAGCCUGACGGAAUUGCACUACCCUCAUACUGGUUAAUAAAGUCUAUUUUGUAUAAAAUACAUGCAAAUAUUAUCUUUAAAGAUUAAGGGCAGAUCAUGAUUCACUGGUACAUAUGGCUAUGGCUUUCAUUGAAGUCUGUUUUGUUCGUAUUUCAGUUAUGUAAAUGUAAUCCAAUGUAAAAACAAACAAAAAAUAUAAAAUGUUCGUUACAAAAAAACAAGUUUGUUUUACUUCUGUAGUCAGUGUCAAUAUUUUCACCUAUUUGAUUAAAUGUUGAAUUAAGUUAUCCGUGUUGUUCUUUGACAUUGGAUUUGCCAUUGUGUUGGUAAACUGCUUGGAUGAUGUUUUUGUCAUCACAGGUUGAGAGUGCGAGUCGGAAAAACUGAUUUCUCUUUAGUUCGAACAUCUUACACAAUAAAGUUCCUAGUUUUUCAAA